AACAGAAAAACCGGAACGAAAAUGGCGAUAACGCUCCGCUCUCCGCCUUGCUUCGCCACCAGGCUCCACCACCGCUUCCACCCCUCCCUCGCCGCGAGCAGAAGCGUCGCCGUCAAAUCCCAGAACCCGUCGAGCGGUGAGAAUCCGACCGCCGACACCGACGAGCCGCCGUCCCCCGCCGCGGCUCCGCCCCAGAAGCCCGCGGCGCCGCGGCUGGGGUUCGGCUCGAGCCCUCCGCCUUCGAGCAAAUCGAGCUCCGCCGCGGUUACCGGCAAGAAAAGACUGAGAGGGAAGAGAGAGAGAGCGUCGAUCGUUCGGCGGACGCCUGUCGAGAAGCCCGCGUUCAUUUCGAAGGAGGACGAGGGAAAAGCGGAGGAGCAGAGGAGGAACGAGAGCGCGUUCCUUCUUACUUGGUUAGGUCUUGGCGGAAUCAUCCUCGUCGAGGGCAUUGCUCUCGCGGCUUCCGGCUUCUUGCCAGAUGAGUGGGACAAAUUUUUCGUGAAGUAUCUGUAUCCAUCUUUCACCCCAACGGUUGGCCUGUUUGUUGCUGGAACUGUUGUAUAUGGCGUUCAGAAGUACCUACAGAAUGAGGAUCUUGAAGCCAAAGAAUGAGUUCCAAUUGAUGCUCGCAGGUCCGUGGCUCUCAUUUUACUGUGGAAGGCAGCUCAUGCAUAUUGUGGAAGAGGUAGGCCUAGUCCACUUGCCUCUCAUAAAUUAUAUUCCAGAGCUGACUAAUUCAAGGGACGGGUUAAUUGAAGCAACUCUUGCACUUCUUGGGUCAUGAGCAUUGGGGUAUUACUAGCGAGGAAAAUGGGUCAUCUAGUUGUUUCAUUGACACUCUUUGUUAACUGCAUGACCUGUUCACUCUGGUAGAAAUACACUUAAAGCACGUUGCAUUAACAAAUUAUCUGGACGUACCCAUCUACCCUGUGUCAUAUGCACAGAUCAUCCUUUUGUCCAGCAUGCGUCAGUUACCAAGCCUUGUAAUUGUUUCUGAACCUUGCCAUUAUUGAUUCUGCUUUAA